GACAAUACAGGUAUCACCGCAUCGGGCACUAAGCUUGUGCUCGCAACACCCAAGCUACGGAUCGUCGGAUCUAUCAUCUCCAUCGAAGGCUGGCACGUCGAUCACGGGCUCGUCAACAAAAUCGCGAAUUGGCCAUAUUGCGAAUCGAUCCCAGAAGUUCACGGAUUCCUCGGGACAGCAGGC